AUGAAAUCAUCAGUGUGGGAAGGUGGUGUAACCCAACUGCCUGCCGUGGAAUUGGCUUUACAACAUGUAAACGAGCGAGAAGAUAUACUGCCUGGCUAUGAACUGAAGAUGUUAUGGGAAGACAGUCAGUGUGACUCGGGUCGUGCCGUCGAUGCUAUGUAUAGUCUGUUGUAUAAGAAACCAACCAAGUUAUUCAUUAUUGGGCCGGGGUGCUCAACGACGUCCGAAUCAACAGCAAUUUCAGCACAACUCUGGAGUCUACCACAGGUUUCUUACGCAGCUGGGUCCUCGUCAUUGUCAAAUAAAGAACUAUACCCAUAUUUUAUGAGAAUGAAGCCCGCUAAUACCGUUCACAAUCCAGCGAGAUUGGCGCUAAUGCGACAUUAUGGUUGGAAGAAAAUAGGAACGAUCGUAGAAGCAACAGACAAUUACUUGUCGUUGAUGCAAGACAUGGUUGUUAGAAUGCAAAAUGAUGGCAUCGACGUGGUGACCACAGACCCUUUCAUUGACAACACUAAUUUGGCACUGGACCACUUGCAGCGUGAAGAUGUGAGAAUAAUAGUUGGUGAUUUCUACACUCCCGCGGCAAUCGAGAUAUUCUGUGAGGCUUACAAACGUGGUAUGUACGGCGCGAAAUAUGUAUGGUUCGUACAGGGAUGGUUCACAAAAUCAUUGAUUGACAGCGCCUAUAGUGACUCCACUGUUGAUUGCACACGAGAGCAAAUUGAUGAAGUUAUGGAGACUCCAGAUGAGUUUCUGUCAUUAUACAACAAUUAUAUGAAUCACACUGCUGAAAAUUUAGUGGGAUAUAUCAACAUACCCUACGCAUAUGAUACUGUAUGGGCAAUAGCAUUGGCGUUAAAUGACACUAUAAACGUACUGAAAUCCAACAGGAAAUAUAACAACAAGCGAUUAGAAGAUUAUGAAUAUGGAGAUUGUGAACUUGCAGACUUGAUUUUGAGCAGUUUCAAAAAUGUGCGCGAGAUUGUGGAGAUUGCUAGAUAUUAUAUAGGUACUGAUUUUCUCGAAUUUGAGAGCAAAGAUGCAGUGAUAUGGCAAGGGUCAGGACCACCGAAGGAUGAAAUUGUCAAAGAGUACCGAAUCUACACAGUACCAGAUUACGUGUAUUUUAUUAUGUCUGUUUUAGCUGCCACUGGAAUCAUAUGUGCAGUCACAUUGUUAUUUUUCAACAUCAAAUUCAGGCAUAAGAGAACUAUUAAGAUGUCCUCGCCAACAAUUAACAAUUUCAUACUGCUUGGGUGUAUCAUUACGUAUUCAGCGGUUUUUGUUGAGGAAUGUUGCGACACUCCAACAGAAUACUCACCAGUUUACUGCAAAGCUUAUGUCUAUCUACUAAUGAUUGGUUUUUCGAUUGCUUACGGUGCAUUAUUUUCAAAGACAUGGAGAGUGUAUGUAAUAUUCACCAAAAAUCGUGUUCAGAAAAUACCCAAAGAGCUGGAAAACGUUAUAAUCACUUAUCAAGUAUCGUCCUGUACAUCAGAAAACCUUGGUUACUUUAUGGCUGCUAUCUUAAGUAUCAAACUAUUGCUACUUCUGUUCGGUGUGUUCCUGGCAUGGGAAACUAGAAAGGUGCAUAUCCCUGCAUUGAACGACUCACGCUAUAUCGGCAUAUGCAUCUACAACGUGGUCAUCUUGUGCGGUCUCGGUGCACCCCUGGUCUAUAUUCUACGAUUUCAACCGACUCUGUGUUACGUAAUUUCUUCAACAUUCAUCAUUUUGGGGACCACUGCUACUCAGUUCUUGCUGUCUAUACCUAAGUACAUGGACCAUAAAGUAGUACAAGUUGAACCUCAUAAAAGUCUACAUACCAGGAUUACAGCAACACACAGUUCGUGUGCUAAUUCUAAAGAUGUUGAAAUUCAGUGUGACUUAUUGGAUGCCUAA